AUGCGUUACUUCGUCGUUCUAACAGCCGUUGUUGCAAUCUGCAGCGCAGAGCACCUCCGAACCCGCCGCAACCCUCACUGGGAACACCACUACCAUUACUCCGGAAACAGCAUCGGGUGUGCUGGAGGCAUGGGAGGUGCCGGAGGUAUGGGUAGUGCUGGAGGCAUGGGAGGUGCUGGAGGUAUGGGAAGCGCUGGAGGCAUGGGAGGUGCCGGAGGUAUGGGAGGUGCUGGAGAUCAGCGCUACCGCCUGUCAGCCGAAUCUUACGGCAACGGCCCCACCGGCCAAACCGGCCCUGGUCCAAUCCCCGACCGCGAACCUAUCGUCAUUGAACAAUUCGCUCCUUCCCCGUACCAAGUCAACUUCGGAGCCCAGCCCAAGGUUAUCGACCACGAAGCUAUCCCCACCGAAAUCGACUACUUCGAGAAACCCACCGUCAUCAACCACCAGAAACAAGCCCGUUUGAAUCUCUUCCCCCAACAGCCCGUCGUCGUUGACACCUUCGCUCCUCCCCAAGUGCACGAACAGGCCGGACCCAAUGUGAUCACUGUUGAGCAGGUCGCGCCCUCCGCUGGAGGUGCUGGAGGUAUGGGAGGUGCUGGCGGUAUGGGAGGUGCCGGAGGAAUGGGAGGUGCCGGAGGAAUGGGAGGUGCCGGAGGUAUGGGAGGUGUUGGAUUCGGUGUCUACGGACACGGAGGUCAUGGACACUUCGGCCACCCCAGUCAUGCUGACCAUCCUGGUCACUUGGAGGUUGCUCCUCCCAAACCAUGUGCCCCACCUUGCGCAUAA